UACCGGUGCAACACCCCCUGGACGUGACGAGUUCAGAUCCGCAAAAGUUUGCCCAACGCUUCAUGAGAACGGGCUCGCUGUUCCACCAGCGUCAGAAUGUCCGGUUAGAGGACGGGAGGCAUGCUAUCUCUCCAACGCGCGGCGAAAAAACGGGCUCUCUGCGUACGUUUCAGGACCAUGGACAGCGACACCAGCACCACGGUCAGGAGUGCACAGAUCAUGAAGAGAACACCUGCUCGGAUAACAUAGAGCGCAAACCCAACUGCGAUUCAACAAAUAUGUCGGAGGGCACCAUGCAUAGACGCCACACCACCCUCCGGGAGAAGGGCCGUCGGCAGGCCAUCCGUGGCCCUGCCUACAUGUUCAAUGAGCGCGGCACCAGCCUGACGGCGGAGGAGGAGCGCUUCCUGGAGGCAGCCGAGUACGGCAACAUCCCCGUGGUGCGCAAGAUGCUGGAAGAGUCCAAGACGCUCAACGUCAACUGCGUGGACUACAUGGGCCAGAAUGCACUGCAGCUAGCCGUGGGCAACGAGCACCUGGAGGUGACCGAACUGCUGCUGAAGAAAGAAGGGCUGGCGCGCAUCGGAGACGCACUCCUGCUGGCCAUCAGCAAGGGCUACGUGCGCAUCGUGGAGGCCAUCUUGGCUCACCCGGUGUUAGCCGCCGGCCUGCGGCUCACGCUGAGCCCGCUGGAGCAGGAGCUCCGCGACGACGACUUCUACGCGUACGACGAGGAUGGAACACGCUUCUCGCACGACAUCACGCCCGUCAUCCUGUCGGCGCACUGCCAGGAGUACGAGAUCGUGCACACGCUGCUGAUGAAGGGCGCCCGUAUCGAGCGCCCGCACGACUACUUCUGCAAGUGCGCCGAGUGCAUCGACAAACAGCGGCGCGACGCCUUCAGCCACUCGCGUUCGCGCAUGAACGCCUACAAGGGCCUGGCCAGCGCCGCCUACCUGUCCCUGUCCAGCGAGGACCCCGUGCUCACCGCGCUGGAGCUCAGCAACGAGCUGGCCAGGCUGGCCAACAUCGAGACCGAGUUCAAGAAUGAGUACCGUAAGCUGUCUAUGCAGUGUAAGGACUUUGUGGUGGGUGUGCUGGACCUGUGCCGGGACACGGAGGAGGUGGAGGCCAUCUUGAAUGGGGACGUGGACCAGGUUCCUCCCGGCGAUCACCAGAGGCCCUGUCUGACCCGAGUCAAACUGGCCAUCAAGUACGAGGUCAAGAAGUUUGUGGCCCACCCUAACUGUCAGCAGCAACUGCUGACCAUCUGGUAUGAGAACCUUUCGGGUCUGCGGCAGCAGUCCAUUGGAGUCAAGUGCUGGACUGUGCUGGGAGUUACUGUGGGCCUGCCAUUCCUCGCCAUCGCCUACUGGAUCAUGCCCUGCAGCAAGUUGGGACAGAUCCUUCGCAGUCCCUUUAUGAAGUUUGUGGCGCACGCCGUCUCCUUCUGCAUCUUCCUGUUCCUGCUGGUUCUAAACGCGUCGGACCGCUUUGAGGGUGUGAAGAACCUCCCCAACGAGACCAUCACGGACCACCCGCGCCAGGUGUUCCGCGUCAAGACCACCCAGUUCUCCUGGACUGAGCUGCUCAUCAUGAAAUGGGUGCUGGGAAUGAUCUGGUCAGAGGUUAAGGAGAUCUGGACGGACGGGCCCAGGGAGUACGUCAUGCACCUGUGGAACGUUCUGGACUUCGGCAUGCUGUCCAUCUUCGUGGCGUCGUUCACCGCUCGGUUCAUGGCCUUCCUCAAGGCCUCCAAAGCCCAGCUGUAUGUGGAUCUGCACGUGCCCAACGCAGACCUCUGCAACGCCUCACUUCCUGCUGAGGUCGCCUACUUUACUUAUGCCAGAAUAAAAUGGCGUCCUUCAGAUCCUCAGAUUAUCUCUGAGGGUCUCUAUGCCAUCGCCGUGGUGCUGAGUUUCUCCCGCAUCGCCUACAUCCUCCCGGCCAACGAGAGCUUCGGCCCCCUGCAGAUCUCCCUGGGCCGCACAGUUAAAGACAUCUUCAAGUUCAUGGUCAUCUUCAUCAUGGUAUUCGUGGCGUUCAUGAUUGGAAUGUUCAACCUCUACUCCUAUUACCUGGGUGCCAAAUACAACCCUGCCUUUACCACGGUGGAGGAGAGCUUUAAGACCCUCUUCUGGUCCAUCUUUGGGCUGUCUGAAGUGAUCUCUGUGGUGCUGAAGUACGAUCAUAAGUUCAUCGAGAACAUCGGCUAUGUCCUGUACGGGGUGUACAACGUCACCAUGGUGGUGGUGCUUCUCAACAUGCUCAUCGCCAUGAUCAACAACUCCUACCAGGAGAUAGAGGAAGAUGCUGAUGUGGAGUGGAAGUUUGCCCGGGCCAAGCUGUGGCUCUCCUACUUUGAUGAGGGCCGGACGCUGCCCGCUCCCUUUAACAUGGUGCCCAGCCCCAAAUCCUUCUACUACCUGGCUCUGCGUACCAAAACCUGCCUGGUGCGCCUCUGCAAGGCCAAAGGUCAUCGCCAUGACAACGAGCUUGAGAUGGGCAUGCUGAACUCACGCCCAAAGCCGGAGCGACACCGAACGUACCCUCGAACACGAGAGGAGUACACCGUGAAGAAGCCCAUCAAGAACCCAACACGCUAUCAGAAAAUCAUGAAGCGCCUCAUUAAACGUUAUGUCCUGAAAGCUCAGGUAGACAGGGAGAAUGACGAAGUCAAUGAAGGCGAGCUGAAAGAGAUCAAGCAGGACAUCUCCAGCCUGCGCUACGAGCUCCUGGAGGAGAAAUCCCAGGCCACGGGUGAACUGGCCGACCUGAUCCAACAACUCAGUGACAAGUUUGGCAAGAACACUAAGAAGCCCUGAGAUGAAGAGGUGGCGGGAGAGAGAAGGAGAGAGGGAGAGACAGAGGAGGCGUGGGGGGAAAAGGAGACAAGAAAGACAAAGAAGAAAGAAACAGUGGAAGAAAGAAAGGAGAAAGAGAGAAAUAAGAAUUGGGGUAAAAAAAAGAAAGAGUACGGAGAGGGGGAAGUGAUGAAGUGAUAAAGACACAGUGGAGGGGGAGCGAAGGAGCAGACAGGGGAGGAAUGGCGCGGAAGACUCUGGUACGAAGGUAAAGAGAUUAUCUCCCUUUUAGGUUAGUGGGGCAUGAGAAGAAAGGCCGACUGCGUUUGGUAACAGGACAGUGGGAAGAGAGAUGAAUAGCGUGCCACUUUUGCUCCUAAAGAGAAUCUUUCUCGCUCUCUGGAAGAGCCAGAGGAAAUCUGUGGGUGUUCACAAAAAGAGACCGAAUUGACUUUUCUGUUUAGAAAAAAAAACCUUGUAGACUGUUUUGUUAGGACCUCAUUCUCCUUGUGUGAUGUGUUUGUGUGUGUGUGUG